AUGUUCCUCUCACUCCUGCUGCUGCUGGCGACCUGCUCGGUAACCACACAUGGAGCCUGCACAGCUGUGACGGGGCCACAGCCUGGAACCUGUGUUGCAGCGUGUGCGUUACCGGUCGUUGGCAUGCCGACAUGCAGAACCAGUUUGUCUAAACCAGGCUUGAUUGGUGAGUGUAAUGCCGAUUGUACGUCUGAUUACUGCGAUGCUCAAUGUCAACAAAGAAUUGCCAAUGGAAGUUCUACAGGCUCGCCUCACUAUACUUCUCAAGCUACAACCGCUCGAAUUGGUACAACUACUACAGUUUCUCAAGCAGUAACCACGACUACUGGGUCUGCCACUACGACAGCUGGGGCUAUCACUACAACCACUGGGGCUAUUACUACAACAACCGCUGGAGCUACCACAACAACCGCUGGGGCUACCACAACAUCCGCUGGGGCUACCACAACAACCGCUGGGGCUACCACAACAACCGCUGGGGCUACCACAACAACCGCUGGGGCUACCACAACCGCUGGGGCUACCACAACACCCUCUGGAUCAACAACAACAAUCCCUCAAGCAGAAACAACGUCUACUUCGCCUGGAAACAUGACCACCUCAUCAGGAACAACAGUCCCGUCAUCAACAAGCAGCCAAGCAGCUCCUACUUUUGACACAACUUUCAGUGACGGGUGGAUCCUAACUCCUGAAGGUCUUUUUCUUCACCAAUCUGCUGCCUGGUAA